ACGAGAUCUCUUCGCGUCCGGCUCCUUUCUUCUUCCUCGAUCUCUUCAGGGUCCGCCGGAGCUCUGUUCAUGGGCCAGCAAACAGAAAACGCGCCGGCGGCGACGAUGGACGGGUCCGUCCCGGACGAGAGCACUUGGUUGACGAUGUGGGGGCGGUGCAGCAGCCCUCUGGCCGCCUGUGCCGGAAAGGGCAUCGCCACUGUAGCAGCUGCAUAUCUGAUCGUCAUGGUUCUGAUCUGGGCGGUCGGGGAGCUCAAGAGGUUUUGCGAGCCUCGCCGCCACAGCAGAGUAAAUGCAGCUCCCUUUCCGCCGUCCGGCCGCCGCGAGCCUCCUCCUCUGCCGUGUCCCAGGGAAGGUGUCAUCGGCCGGCCGCACCAUGGCUUAUGAUCUUCUGUCGCGGUUCAAUAGGAGUCUCGGCCUCGCCUCGGCAUUUGUUCAGUUUUUUUUUUUUUUUUUUAAACAUGCGAGUUUUCAUCUGUCUAGACAUGUAAAACUUUC